CUCUCUCUCUCUCUCUCUCUCUUCCAGGUGGCACAAAUCCAUUUAGGCAUCAUCCCUAUUCCAGCACUCCACUGACAUCAAAUGUUACUCACAGAAACACAAACAAAAAAUCAAGUAAAGUGCAAGCAGUAUGGGAGGAUGUGAAAGAUAGCUGCAAGAAUUUUAUCCUCUGGAACAUAGUAACAUCUUCAUUGAUAGCCCAAGAGGGAGUACCAGUGAGGGUGAGGAAAUGUGUCUCAAGAGUAAGGCUGAGAGACUCAAUAAAAUCUUGAGAAGAAAUUGCCACAUUGUUCCAAAUGCAGCACAUGACACUCCAUUCCAUCAUCAACUUGAGAGUCCCUCUAGUCACAAGGAUCAUCAGGAAGAAAACAUGAUGCUCUCAGAAGCUCCGUGUGGAGAAGAGAUCUCUCAGGCACACCACACAAACCAGAAGCAUGUUGACCAGACCUCAUGUUCCCAAGAACCUCCUCAUCAAGACAACCCUGGAAACUUUUCAAGUCAGGAUGCUGCCCCUCCCAUACAAAGUGGGAAUGGUAACCCUCAAGAUAAUGCAUUAGUAAAUCAAGAGGGACCAAAACCUAUCAUGAAGAAGAUUUAUGGUGGCAGAAUAGAUAAUGAUACCAUUUCAAGUAUAAGCUGGUGGCCAGGAGACAAGCUUUACAAGGAAAGAAAUAAAAAUGAAGAGGAGGAAAAACAUGAGAAAGAGUCAACAAAAGAAAAGAAUGGCAAGAGAGAUCUGUCUACAUCCCAGACCCAAGCUGAUGCUGAGAAGAAAAGGCAUGCAGUGGCUAGUCAGGAAGAGGUUGAAAGAAUAGAGAAGCCUCAGUCCCGUGUGAGGCACUAUGAAGUGGAUCAAGUGAGGAAGUACAUGAGGGAGAAGCAGUGUGAGCGCUCCAAGACCAUUAAGGAGCUACAGAAGAGGCAAGAACAAGAGAAGAUUGUGAAAAGUGAGAGAAUGAAGGAAUUAGCCAUCAAAACCAAGCAAUUGUCACAGGCAAACAAAAAAAGCAACUACAGUUCAAAGACUCCUGAAGUACUUAAUAAAAAACAGAAUCAGUUGAAGCAACAGCCUUCCAUAGACUGGGGCAACCAGUCUGAUGCACAUCCAUGGAUAUCAUCUCCCAAGCACAUGCAAACACAUCUCAAGGAGCAGAGCCUGUCACCGGGUGUGUCUCACAACCCUGUUAGCAGAGCAGGAAAGCCAACCAAACAAGUUGAAACAGAAAGACAAAUCAGCAAAGUUGCAGAAGUGUCUCAAAGGUUUGCUAUGGAAGAGAAAGAGAAGCAUGAGGAUUUUAAUGUUAAGAAAAGGAGCAAAAAGGACAACAAAAGAAGGAAAAAGAGGCAUUCCAUGAGUGACAGUGAGGCCAUCAGUGACAUAGUUAGUCGCACUGUGGAGGAAUGUGAACGACAAGUGAAGUCCUCCAGUGUAUCCGUGGAAAGUUUAUCUUCACUGUCCUCAUUUUCUUGUAGCUCAUCAGAUGUUGAGUCAAGAAGUAGUCAGUUGGAACCUCUCAGCUCUGAUUUGGACUUAGCACCAAAGGAGCGGGCAUUGGCACUGGGCCAGCUAGCACAGAAGCUCACAAGCAGAGUCACUCAGGAAACCAGUAAUUUAACUCACUGGGAAAAGCAGAGUAAGGAUGUAACUACUACACCUCAUAAGGCAACAGGCACAAGUACUGAAAAGCAGGCAAUGAGAAGAGCUUCAGCAAAAAGUUCCAAUAUUAAAAAUGAUCCAGGAGCAUCUCUCUCUCUUUCCCAGAUAGAAAAAAUGUCUGUGGAAGAACUGAUUGCCAAAAUGACUGCAAUGCUGCCAAAUAAAUUUUUGAAUGAAGGGAAGUCAAAUAUACUUCAAACUGACCAUCAAGGCAUAAAUAGAAAUGUUCUUGAUGAAAAUCAGGAGUUUGAAUGCAAUACUCAAAAUCAAAUUAGAAGUGAAAACGUGACACGUGAACACAGUGGAGACAUGCCAGCAAGGGGAGGCAUACAGGAAAUGUUAAUGGAGCAGUUGCCCAAGCUGGUUGUUCCAGAUGUUCCAAAGCUGAAAUUGUCAGAUAUAGACAGGAAAGUAAAAGAACCACUGAAGAGUGCCCAGCAUGAGGACCUUUCCAUGUUGCCGGGACAUAAUGUGGUGCAGUGUGGGAAGGAUCUCAAGUCUCAGACAGAUGAAGAGAAACAAGUGUUUGUGAAAAUGACACCCACCCACAGAUUGCAACACAGGUAUGUGAUCCCUCAGUCUGAAAGUUAUCUGACUGGAAGACUGCAGGAUCAGUCACAUUUAUUGCAUAACCCUGGUAGAUAUCUGAAUAUUAGUAAAAAGAGACUGGAACAUGCUGCCACUGUCAUCCAGGCCACAUAUAGAGGCUAUCGAGUAAGGAAAAUUACAAAUGUAUUGAUAAGUCACCUGACUCCUAGAAAAGUAAAGGAUGCCACUGAGAUUAAUUCUGUAAAAGGGCCCAGUAGUGCCCAGUUCAUUGCUGUCCCAGGAUCUUGUAGGCUUUCUAGAAACAAUGACACCAAUGUUGAGGAAAGUAAUGACUCAAAACAGAAAUCCAAAGAAGGAAGAGAACAAGUAAAUUGGAAGGAAAUUCAGUCAGUGCUUGAAAGCAAAACUUUAAAACCUCACAAGGAAUCUUAUUACAUUUCCCAGAGAUCUGAUUUGCCAAGAUGGAUUCAACCAUAUUUUGUGCUCAGUGAAACUGGAGAUAUAAAGCACUUCCUUGAAACACAGAUAGAUCAUCAUGAUUCAGGUGCAGGUGAAGGGACUGAAAAUGACAAAAGCAGUUGUAUGAUUAAUUCUGAAAGUCAAGUUGUUGGCACCCAGAACCAUCCACAGUCAGAUUUUGAAAAGCCAAUGCAUAAUGUUACUUUGACAGAAGGACCAUUAUCAGAUUUAGAAAAAGAUACAGUUUCCUGUUUUAAUAAAGAAACUCAGACUAGUUAUAAUAAAUACAUGGAUGAAGAAAAUAAGAGAAAUGUAAUGCCAGAAGCCAAUGAAGCUGAAUUUGUAGAUUUAAAAAAGUUAUCGAGAAAAAAAGCUUUGUCAUCACAAAAUAGAAAUAGCAUUAAUAAUAUCCAGAAAGGAGAAAUGUUGGAAACCUUUGCAAGUGAUGCCGUGGAUGCAGUACAAUCAGUUUUUUCACAAAGAAAUGAUGAAAACACACUGGAAGAAGGCCUUAUAGAGGAAGCUUUGGAAGAAGAUAAUUCAUUUCAGGCAUUAGAAAAUGGAACUCUUGAAUCGGGCAGCAUUGAACCUCAGCUCGUCACUGAAGAAGGACCUCCUGUGGAAACUUCAGGAAUUACAGAAUCAUCAAAUGACAAUACCUCUGCUUUGGUUGAAGAAGUAUCUGCUCCUCAUGAAUUAUUAGGAGAGGGUAUGCAUAUUGGCCCAGCAAGUCUCAGGUUAAGACUUAAUGCUGAACUUAUGUACCAGGAUACUUUGGGCAAAGCUCUAAAUGAAUUGCAUAAUGUAGAGCAGCUCAACAUACUUAAUCGAAGUCGACAAGAAGCAAUGGCUUUGUCUCAGUCCUUUGCUUUACAACAACAAAAAGUAGAAUUAACUGCUCAGUGGAAGACUGAAGAUGAAACGAGAACUCAAGAAGAGGAAACAAAACGAAGAGAGGAUUACGAAAGGCGACUGAAAGAAAAGCUGAAACAGCAAGAAGAGGCACUGCAGAAAGUUGAAAAGACUGAAAGGGAAGCCAGGAAUCGUUUUGCAGAGUUAGAGAGGGAAGUUCGUGCAAGAGCUGAACAGAUGAUUGCUCAAGCUACAGAAAGAAUUCCUCAGCCAAGCAGUGCACAGUCAGAUGUCAUAGCAGCAGCAGCAGUUGCUGCAGUUGGGGCAACAAUAUCACAGUGGAAGCAGUUAAGACCAGUGUCUGGUCAUAAGUCUCAUGGUUCAGUCAUACUGACAGAAGAAUCCAUUUCUCCUGAAUCUGCUUCAAAUCAAAAUAAUGCUUUCUCUUCCAAUCUGUUUAGUGAUGAAUCUCAUCCAAGAACUUACAGUGUCUCACCUUCCUCCAGGGACAACCAAUCUGCUGCUGAUAAGACAUCAUACUCUGUUUCUGAAAAAUUAGAUAAAAAAUUGUUGAAUAGCUCAGUAAUUGAGGAGCAGUCUGCAAGCAAAAGUGGAACUGAAUUAGAAAUUAACUCAACACAGGAAUCUGUACCAGAAAGUAUUGCCAGUUUGGAAGGCUCUGUCCCCACAACGGAUCAGCAGAAUUCUGUAAGUGCAUCCACCAUCAAAACGAAGAGUAAUGGUUUCACACAGUCGUACGGUGAAUCCAUAGCACAAGGUGACAAAGAACUUUUACCAAAAGGAAAUGAAUAUGUAAAUUCUAUAUCAGAAAAGAUUGACAUUGUGUCCAAUUCACAAAUGAAAGCCAGUUCAGAUGAAGUGAUGUCUGCUUCAAAUUUAGUGCCUGAAGACAUUUUGCAUUGCAAAACUUCAGAUACAGUGAGUGAAGCCAUAUCAAAGACUGAUGUGUCCAGUGCCACCAAAAAUAAUAAAAGUGAUGUUGCCAGUAAUGUUAAGUCUCAUUCCCCAACACAGAAGAGCUCAAAUUUCAAAGACAAGAAACAACAGAUGAAGGAAUCUGUGGCUUCAAAAAAGAACCAUGGAUCUCCCUUUAUCAGUUUGGUUUCUAAAUCUAAAGAAAAAGAAAGAAAGAAAGAAGAAAGAAACACAUCAGACAUUUAUUCAGAAUCGUUUGAGGUUGACUCAGAGAAUGAAAAUUCAAAUACUUUGUCAUCCCAAUUUCAAGGGCGGAGUCAAGGAACAUAUGGGGGAGACCUGGCCCUAGUGGUGUCAUCUGGCAACAUCUUGAGUGAUAUGGGUUAUAGGACCUCUGCUCAUGGUGUUGGAGGAGUGACUGCACCAAUGCCAGGGGGAGGAGAGAGUGCCUUGGGAGUAACACUUAGUGUGGUAGAAUCACUGCUUAAAGAAGAAGAGGUCCAUCAUCAACAUCAGAAAGCCCUUUUGAAGCUUCAGGAGCAAUCAUUAGUUGAGGAAACAAGGUGGAAACUGGCUGCCCUGCAGUCUGAAGGAGGACCAGGGAUGCGGCGGCGCCAGCGAGUCAUUGUGUUGCAACUACGGGAGCAGAAAGCAUACCUCAAGCGCCUCAGAGAAACACAGAAUAUUGGAGCACAGCAGAGAAAACUUAUGCUGAUGCAGCUCCAUCACCUUCUUGGGACAACCACACAUCUGCCAGGAUUUAGCACAAAAAAUUAUUUAACUACACCCAGAGGACAGUCUCCUAAUCCAAGCUCUCCACGCUUGACUCCCAGAGUAAUGGAAAUGUACAGUUCAUCCUCCAGUGAUGCUCCAGAUGAUGUGACUCUCAACUUGUUGGUGAGAGGCCGAGAUUCUGACUCAACCAGCCCCUCAGAAAGUGGUGGUGGUCGUGAGAAAAGAAGAUCCCAUUCAGAAGACAGACAGAAAAUUGUUUCUGGUAGACUUCAUGAAAAGAGACGGACAGCUGAAAUUGAAGCUUUGCAGCAACAAUUAUUACAUGAGGAUAAAGAGAUUCUUCGUCUAAAGGCCAAGUCUCCAUAUGAUAUUCAUGAUAAAGAUUCUGUAAAGCCAAAAAGAAAGGGAGAUUUCAUAACAAAGAGAUCUCGAGAGAAAAAGGAAAAAAAUUCUGGAUCAGUUUCUCCUCACUCAUUCAUGAAACAAGGCAGCAGAACAUCAACAGACAGUUCAGUUCCUUCAGAAAGUAUAGUUGCUACAACUCACAACAGCCAGAGUUCUGUUCAUGAAGAAAUGAGCAGUGAAGUGAUAUCACACAGUGAUGUUGCAUCAUCUGUGUCAGAGCAGGAGGGGCUGACAAGCACAAGUCAUAGAACAGGGAAUUCCCAAUCCAAGGAGAGUAAUGGUUCGAAGAGGCCACUGUCAUAUGCAGUAACUGAGAGGAAAAUAAGUGAGUCCCACGGCUCCAAAACCAAAGUGACAUCCAGUGAAUCUGAGACCAUUAAAGAACAAUAUUCAGAUAUUGACUCUAAAAGCACUGAAAGAAGUAGCUCAAGUAAAAUUAUUACUGGUGGAGAUACCACUGAUUCAAAAGAAAAGAGACUAGACCAUGAUAAAAGUGAAAGAAACUCUAGAUGCUCUGAAAAGGCAAGUAUUGCAAAGUCAGAAAUAUCUGAAAAAUGUCCAGAGUCUCAAGAAUCAUCCAUAAAAACUAAAUUUGGCUCCACUGGAUCAGCCAAGUCUGGGUGUGUGAGUAACAAGUCAGACUCCCUGAUCCCUGAGGAUAUCACAGAUAAUUCAAAGACAAAAGUUACCACUAGUUCUUCAUGGUGCAGCACUGAGACAAGGACAGACUCUGGGGCAAAAUCUAGUGAUAGUAAGUCAGUAGAAGGCAAGUCAUUUAGCCAGAAAUCAUCCACAAGAGGGCUUCCCUUGCCUUUGAAGGUCCCUUUGUCUCCCAGGUCUCCACACAGGCAACAUAGACGCUAUUCCAGUGAAUCAGACGACUCUUUUACUCUCUCCCAGACAGAAACAGCCUCCGAUAUGUCGGAUGGAGAGGGUAAGCUCCUCGCUCUCAAAGAGGAAUUAGCUGUCAGACGAGCUGAGGCUGAGCGCCUUAAGAAGGAGAAGAGGAGGCUGCGUCGAGAGCGUUUGGCUUCUCAGGAGAGAGCCCUUAGACAGCAAAUUUCAACCUAUGAUGCCUACAUACAGCAUGCACGCAUGGAACUAGAGAAAGAAUCAAAAGAAUUGCAGCAGGCAUCUAUGGUCAGGCCUCUAAUCAAGAAACCUCAAGUUGCAGAAACCAAGAAAUCAAGACUUUCAGAAUCUUUUACAGUUAGUCCAGAAAAGUCUGAUCAUUCAGAUGUGUCUUUGAUCUCAGAGGGUUCAAAAUCAGAUCACUCAAGUGUUUCAAAGUCUCUAGAUACAAGCUUAAAGGAGCUACAACAUGUCAAACCUCUUGAAAUAAUUAAAGCACAAGAGUUGCAUCUUAAACACAUGGGAGUUGUUUCAGCUAAAGAGCAAACAGUAUCAUCUGGUAUUAGUAAGGAAGUGGAGACCAAAGAGCUGUCCUCAUCCAGCAAGAAAGUAAUAACAGAGGCUGUAGAGUCACAAAAGGAGAACGAAUCAGAAAAGACAUCUCUCACAUCAUCAAUCUCAGAAAGUUUAUAUGAAGAAUCAGUUUCGGAGCACACAGAAGAUGAAGCCUCUUCCAAACAAUCCUUCUCUCAAGAAUCUAGUGUUGAAACUGACCCAACUCAGUCUCAAGCCUCAAGCACAGAGACAAUAGUUCAUAGUCCACAGAAGCUUGAUUCAUCACCGAAGGAUGAAACUGCCAUCUCCAUGAAUGAAGUAAAUGCAGCACUUCUAGAAGUACUGAAAGACAAUUACAGAAAUGAACCCACAAGUCUUAGAAAAGGUGAUGAUAAUGAGUAUGAAGUCAAAGAUGAAGGUGAUAAGAAGUUGGAAAUAUAUAUACCAACAUCUGGUUUAAAAUCUUCAGAGGCAGAAGACUUUAUGGAAGGGAAUACAAAUACGAGUGCUGAGCAAAGCAUGUGUGAGGAAGUACUUGAUGACUUUGAGGAAGCUGAAAGUGAAGGCUUCAGUCAAGAAAAAGAAGGUUUCGAAGAUAAACCUCCCCCAGUGGUUACAGAUACUGAGCUUGAAUCUCAUAAAAAAGAUGAUGUUAGUUAUUCAUCUUCUUUCUCAGAAGAUAAGGAAUCUUCCAUAAAGACUGAAUCUGCCACUGAAGUGGAAACAUCAACAAGCCACACUCCAGAAGCAAAGGAGAUUCCUUCUGAGAAUGAAAGCAAGAGACUUCCUCCAACCCCUGACCGACAGAGACUGGUUGAUGACAUUUCUAAUAACAUUCUUGCUGUUAUGAUGAAAGAAACCAACCAGCUCUUUACUACUAUUGUAAAAGAUAAGAUUGGAACCUCUAAAUUGUCAGAAACUGAUAGCUUUGUUGAAGUUAAGGAUUCCACAUCUCCAGAUGUAAGUGGAAAAACUCCAGAACCUCAGAGGGAUGGUGGUCCACAGUGCCGACACUCCUCAUUGUCAGUGCUAGAAGAGGAUUCCACUGUUGCCCGGCCAGUUUCUAACAACAAGCCAGAGAUUCUUCAACAAGUGAAUGAAUUCAUUGGCGAGGGUGGAUCUGUAUCUCCACAUCUUCCCUCUGCCACUUCUCUAAAAUCUGGAAAUGUACAGCUGAAUCUUCAAAUGACUUUUAACUUAAGUUCUGAGAGCUCUUCACCAGUUUCUCUGACCACAGCAAAACCAUCCGAUGUGGAAAAACAUGAAGAGGCAGAAGAAUCAAAAAGUUAUUCUGGUGAAGAAACAACUAUCCCCAGUCUCCCUGCCACCCAGUCCAAACCCAACGAAGAAGAGCAACACGACUCUCUCUCUCCAAGUCAUGAUAUUGUUAAAGCUGAAGAGUACAAACUAGAUACAGAGACCUUGACUGACCGGCUGUUGAACCUGGCCUCUGUCCCGGAGCUGGAGCUGGAGGCACGGCUUGGUCAGCUGGCUGAAAACACUGAAUUUUCUGUGGAGGGAAUUGAGGGAAAUUGGUUUGAUGAUAAUUUUUGGACAUCUUCUGAUAACAAAAAGAAGCAGCAACAGUUGAAAGCAGAAGAGGAGAGAAUUACUGCUGAGAUUGCUCGCCUAGAAGAGCUUCAGCACCUACAACAAAAGUAUCCAGGCCUGAUAUUUCGGGAGGUCCCUGACAAACCACCACCUCCAUACACACCUCCACAAGUUAUCUCUCCACCCACCUCCUCACCAGUCACCUCACCUACUCCUGUCAGACCCCCAGCCUAUAGCAGCCCACCUAGCAGUCCUGUUCUACCUGAGACAGAACCCCUCACUUCCACACAGUCCUCCAGCAUCUCACAUCGCCUCAGUAAGGCAGACCAGCGGAGGUUGGCUGCUCAUGUAACCCAGGUGGUCCCCAUCACAGAGGAGGAAGCCUUGCCCAUCAUUAACAGUGCCCUUGACAUCCUCUAUGAAGCAUGGCGCAAUAACGUUGAUCCAGGAGACAUACCUCCACCACCUCACACCGUAAUGGCAGAUGUGUUUUCUCAAAACAGCCUCAUUGAGGAAGGAAUGCAUGAAGAUGAAAAGACUAGCACCAGAGCAUUUCAUCUUCUGCUGUUCUGUUUGGCUCGAGAGCUGCUCAGCGUGCCUUACAAGAUGCAGAAUGCCUCCCUUCCCCCACCUUGGAUGAAGCAGGCACUGCCCCAGGGGCAUAUGUUGAGCAUGCUGCAUACAAAGUCUCCUACUGAGCGGUUCUCUCAUAUCCAAGAGCAAGUCAAGGUACUGUUUAGCUGGAAGCCACCACUGCGUAAAGAAUCCCUUAUGAUCCGUUGGGCACAAAAGCAUCGGGAUCUUGUGGAUCAGGUGCUGGUGAAAGAACUGCAGGCAGAGGAAGCCAGCUGGACCAACUAUGAUGAAGAUGAGGCAGCUGUCAAGACUAAAGUUGCCAGUGAAAUCUUUGAUGCUUUACUAUCAGAAACAGUUGCCUUGAUAUCAAGCAUCUUAGUCAGAAAGUUAGGAUACAUUGCUCACUAGAUUAUGCAUCCAAGUACUCAAAAAGUGUGUCCACUUGUCAUAAAUAGGUAAGUAAUCAGUGUACCAUAUACAUAGUGAAUAUAAAGGGAGCAUCUCUUACGGCUGCCAAGUAGAUUCACAAGUGAGUAGACUGAUGCAGACUUCUCACAGGCUUUACAUCUCCCUUCAUGUUCACCAAAUGUAAAAGACGUAGUGAUAACCUCAGUGCCAGAUGAUUUCCAGUUCUGUGGAUAUGUUAUUUGUGAUAUUUUAGCAAUAAUAACUAACCUAACAAAAUAUAAGUGUGUGAAAGUUUUCCUUAUAUAUCUUGAAAAUAUAAAAUGUGGAUGGAGUGUGUCAAUAUAAUUACUAAUUUUAAAUGCAACCUAUUUUUAACUGUAGAAAGUAUGUGUUAAACAAGUAAGACAUGUUUGAAUACAAGGAAUAGACUGAGUAGGUUUAAGUUUUUAUAUUUUUGUAUUUGUUUAUAGUUUCAAAAAGUAAAUAUUUAUUUCUGGGAUGCA